UCGAUGGGGAGGGCAGAAAGGAGGAGGGGGAGGAGGGGGAGGAGGGGGAGGAGGGGGAGGAGGGGGAGGAGGGGGAGGAGGGGGAGGAGGGGGAGGAGGGGGAGGAGGGGAAGCAGGGGGAUGAGGGGGAGGAUGGGGAGGAGGGGGAGGAGGGGGAGGAGGGGGAGGAGGGGGAGGAGGGGGAGGAGGGGGAGGAGGGGGAGGAGGGGGAGGAGCAGGAGGAGCGGGAGGAGGGGAAGGGGGAGGAGGGGGAGGAGGGGGAGGAGGGGGAGGAGGGGGAGGAGGGGAAGGAGGGGAAGGAGGGGAAGGAGGGGAAGGAGGGGAAGGAGGGGAAGGAGGGGAAGGAGGGGGGAGACGGAGCAUGACUCGGGAGAGAAAUGUUAGGGUGGAUGUUGUCAGGCACGGCUGA